UGCCGACCACGCCCCUAUAUAAACCCCGCCCAUUCAUCGACUCCGCCCGUUUAUCUAAAACCACGCCCGUUAUUUUUAAGCCACGCCCCUUCACCCCUCCACCAGCAGCGUCUCAGUCAGUGAUGAGAAAAUUCCUGCAGGAAGAACAACUGGAUAAAGUCGGGAAGCUGGAAGUCAGCGGGAAAAGGACAACUAAACGAUUAAAACACCAUUCCCGAGAUCAUAUCUCCACUAUAUAUAUUCCCAGACAGAUUUUCAGCAUUUCGUCGACGAGAGACGGCUUUAAAGGGAAGUGCAUGUGCGGAUUUAUGAGGUCAUGGCGACUCGGCUCGUGUCCCGAGUCAGAACCGACCCGUUAGCCUGCUAGCUUUACCGCCCUUGCACUAAUCAUCGGUUCAGUCAUGAACCACACGCCCAGCCCUCACAUGGCCGAGGCGGCUAAAUCGGGUCUGCUGUGCGGUCUGGGCGUGGGUCCGGACCGAGUGCGCUCUCCAGACAGCAUGACCCACACGCCGAGCCCCACGGUGGGCACGCCCAGCGCCAGCCCCCCCCUGCUGCUGUCCCCCGGUCUGGGAUGUGACGGUAUGGGUUCGGGAGCGGACUGGGAGAGCCGCGAGGAGCUGCGUCUGCGCGAGCUGGAGGAAGCGAGAGCUCGCGCCGCGCAGAUGGAGAAGACGAUGCGCUGGUGGUCCGACUGCACGGCCAACUGGAGGGAGAAAUGGAGUAAGGUGCGCGCCGAGAGGAACCGAGCACGUGACGAGGUCCGACAGCUCCGUCAGCGCCUCGACACGCUCACUAAAGAGCUGACUGGGUCGCGGAGGGAGAGGCAGGAACUGGCCUCCGAGAACGAGCAACUCCAACUCCAGCUUCAGAGACUGAGAGCCGAUCAGAGCUGUCCGUCAAAUGCCGACGUCUCCUCCCCUGUAUCCAACUCGUCCAUCGCCGAUUCUGACAGACAGCACAGCCACGAGGACGAGAGCGUCGGAGAGGGACCCGGUUCUCCAGAGCCGGAACCCGUAAGAGAUGUGGGAACCGAAAAACCGGAAAGGCAAAAGGAGCUGCAGCUGUUGGAGGCUCUGCUGAGGGCCAAAGCCGACGCCCCGGACUCGUGGGAUUCUCGAAGCGUGAGCAGCCUGCGCUCGGCUCUGAGCCGCCAGGACCGCAACAGACUUCUGUGGGAGGAUCUGGCAACCCCGGACGAGGACUCCAGCAAACUCAACGCCCUCCAGCUGCGCCUGGACGAGUCCCAGAAGGUCCUGCUGAAGGAGCGCGAGGAUAAACUAGCGCUCAGUAAGAACAUUGAGAAGCUGGAGGCCGAGCUGAACCAGUGGAAGCUCAAACACGAGGAACUGAAUAAGAGCAAACAGGAAGCUCUCAAACAGCUGAACCUGCUGAGGGAGGUGCAUCAGGAUGAACUCGGCCGCAUGUCUGAAGAUCUGGAGGAUGAGCUUGGAGCUCGAACCAGCAUGGACAAGAAACUAGCCGAGCUUCGGGCAGAGAUGGAGCGUCUGCAGGUGGAGAACGCGGCGGAGUGGGGCAGGCGGGAGCGACUGGAGACGGAGAAGCUGGCACUGGAGCGUGACAAUAAGAAGCUGCGUGCGCAGAUGGAGGACCUGGAGGAGCAGCUGGCACGCAAACGCAGACAGGCAGCCAGCGCGCUGGACACCGACCUCAAGAGCAUCCAGAGCGAGCUGUUCGAGAGGAACAAGGAGCUAUCAGACUUGCGUCACGUCCACACCAAGGUGAAGAAGCAGUACCAGGAGAAGACGGCGGAGCUAGCUCACGCUAACCGGCGAGUGGAGCAGCACGAAGCGGAGGUGAAGAAGUUGAGGCUGAGGGUGGAGGAGCUGAAGAAGGAGCUGGGUCAGGCCGAGGAUGAGCUGGAUGAUGCUCGUAACCAGAGCAGGAAGUUGCAGAGAUCUCUGGAUGAGCAAGUGGAGCAAUCCGAGAACCUUCAAGUUCAGCUGGAGCAUCUACAGUCCAGGCUGAGGCGUCAGCAGAACCCGGGCCUGUUCGGGAAGAUGAGAACGUCGUCGUCCUCGUCGCGGUUCUGCCCCGAUGACCCCGAGCGCCCGGCCAGCGACCCCGACGACGAGGAGGAAGAGCUGCAGAUACAGAUCCCUUGAACGCCGUCCCAUAAUAUCCGAACUGUGACCUUUUAACCCGUCUGGCUCAUACAGGACACGUGGCAGGUUCUGAUGCGGAACCGUGUCCCUCAGAUACGAUACAUGAACGGUUCCUCUGCGGUUCCUGUACAGAGAGCAGCAGAGGAACUGGAGGAGGAAGUGACCUCAGCAUCAAACACAUUUCCUGCUCUCUGACCCUGAUGACAGUGCUUUUCCACCGGGCAGUACGGUACGCUACGGUACACGUACAGGUACCCCGUGUCUGUUUAAGAUCGCGUAACGGUACCCGUCCGAGUAGGUGGAGCUUGCGGGGUGGUGACAUCAUUUCCUGGUUUUAACACUGAACACAAACAACAGGGUCUGAUUUGUGUUUUAUUGUUUAAUAUGAAGACAUAAAUCUCAGUCAGACGAAUAAUCCUUAGAUUAGAUCAGACUCGAAUGAACACGCUGUCUGACCAAUCAGCAAUCGCCGUUUCUAGCUCCACCCACAAUCCGCCGUACCAUAGCGUUCAUACUGUCCCAGCGUAAAAGCGUCAUCACUCCACGCGUCAUCAGCUUUCUAUACGACUUUUCUGUGUUCCGCUCCGGCUUUUAUAUUUCUUCGUCUCGAAUGCGGUGUCGUGUCAUCGUCGUCGGUUCUCGUCGGUUCUGUGUGCUGUGUAAACGUUCUCUCCAGGUUCACGCCCAUCUCCAUGGUGAUUGCUUUGCUGUGUGUGUGUAUGUGUGUGUGGGGGAUUAUGGGUACUGAAACGCUCUGUUUUGGUGUUGGAGUUCUGACACACCUAGCUCUUCGUUGGAUUUGGGGCGUGUCCUGAGCCUUUGGUAGUGAUUGGACCUCAGUAGUGCUGGUAGGCGAUGGAAGAGAAAGCAAGCUCUCUGAUUGGCUGUUGAGAUCAUGAAUCAUAUAUUCCUGGUUUUGCGUUAAUUAUAAAUCGUAACUUUCCCCCUGUAGUGUCAUUUUCGAUCAGCGCUUCAGCUUUUCCGCUCGGUGUAAUCCAGUGUGGACUCGGUUGGCUCCACGCCCUUGUGUGCGUGUUUUUUGUUUUUUUUUUCUUCAGUGAUAAAUCCAGUCUGCUGCCCCCUGCUGGUGACGUUCCCUUCACACGUGCAGGAUGGUGAUCAGUGUUCUGCCCCGGUUGGCGUUUUAGUUCUUUAACGGCGGCUCGGUGCGUCACGACUCUGACGUCGAGCUCCAGUCCGUCCUGAUUUUAAUGUUUAAGCAAUAAACCCAUAUUCGCGUCCUGGACCAACAUCAGCUAGCCCCAAUCCCCCCCCCCCAUCCCCCCAACGUGGACCAAAACAGACUCUGACUUAUUCUCUUCUUCCUCUUCAGCGGGACGUUUUUAUCCGUCGUUCUGACAAAUAUUUAUAAUUUUUUUCUUACGUAAAUUGUUCUGUAUUACAGUCGUUGGUUUUUUGUAUUCAGCAUUAUAAAUAUUAAGUGUGUAUAAA